AUGAACUACUCGACUACUUCAACUGAUUGUAAUAAAAAUAAUAAUAAUAAUAAUAAUAAUAAUAAUAAUAAUAAUAAUAAUCAACAUUCCCGUGAAACUGAUGGUGCAUUAUACAUUUUAACACAUCCAUCUAAGCAGGUAAUAUUGAUGAAUAAAAACAAUAAUUCGAAUCGAUCACAUCAUGACAAUGAUCUAUCCACAUUUAGUUGUUAA